AAAGGAGAAUUUAGGAAACACUGUUCUUCCCAGUGACACUGAAAGGAUAUUGCAUGUUUGUACUGCAAAGCAGGAUUGUUACCGGAACCUUGGGGCUGAGGCUGUGGAGAAAUCUGGGGGGAGCUGUUUUUCACCCAAGGAUGCUGGAAACUUGCUGGGAGAUGGUGUGUCCCGCUGGGGACAGUUGUGACAUACCCCGAGCCACCCAAAAACAGGCGGCCACAAACAUGGUGGAAAACACCAUGACGAAGCAGCUUCUUUUUGGGGUGGGGGAUGAAGGCACCCCAUGUGUGUGCACCCAACACGGCAAUACCCACCAUCUACCACCACCCAGCUCAUCCUUUCUGCUCUCUCCUCCCCGAGAAGACGCUGGGUCAUGCCCCGGGGGAUGCGUCACGGGCAGGAAACCAAGUUCAGCUUCCCCUUUCCCCAACGACUUGGUCCUGGGGAGCUCAGCAUGGCGAGAAGGAGCUGGCUGGCUGAGGCUGUGGGUACCCUGUUCUGGCUGGCAGGUCUGCAGCAUCUCCCCAUCUUCUGCAAGCCUUCCCAAGGUUGGAUGUCCAACCUCAAAGAGAUGUCCUCGUCAAGGUGUCCUCUUCUACACCAGCAGAUUAUCUCAGACCAACCCCUUCUGCUGUCCCACACAGGUGCUGGUGGGAUGGAGCCAGAGACCUGCAGCUCUCCAGGUGACUUCCCCCCUCCGGCACUCUUCCCAAACUUCUCCUCGGCUCAGGAAGGUGACUUGAUUCUUGCCCGGUGCGUUGUUUUUUCCCAUGUCCCCAUCACCCACAUCUUCUUCUGCAAGAACGGGGUGGAGCUGGCAAAGCACCCGGUGGGAAAAGGCCAGUUCACCUCCACACUCACCAUCUGGCUUUCCGUGGAGAGCAGCGGCACCUACUCCUGCGGAUACCAGCGCCGGAGCAGCCUUGGACAGAUCCUGCUUUCAAGGUUGAGUGUCCCAUGGGUCCUGACCACCAAAGGUGAAAAGGACGACCAGGUGAAGAGGAACAGCACCGUUGCUACCAGCCCAGAGCUGCCAGCUGAAGGUCUGGGAGUCUCCAUCAGCUUGGCCAUGGCGGUCCUUCUCCUCCUGGCUCUGGCUUUGAGCCUCCAUCUCCUCCUGCAGAUCGGUAAGAGAACGACCAGCCCUGUUGGGUGGUGCCCAUUAAACGUCCCGCCGAUUGGGGAUUCACGGGUGCACGCACUAAAAUUGAGCAAGAUUAGGAGGGACGAAGCAGGCUUUGGGCCAUCUGAGGGGGCUUUGGAAGCCCCCACCAGGGCAUGGAGCUGGGUAUGCUCUGUGGAGGCUCCUCUCUGCAGGGAUGGUCCGACAAGACCUAUUGACCUAUCACCAUGUCUCGCUGGCAGGAAAGCGAGUCCAGCUGGCCAGGUUGAAGAGCUUCAUGCUCCGGUAGAAGACCACAGCAUUUCACAACCACCAUGAAGAAAGAGACAUCCAGGAGCCCCCGCAGUUGGAGGACUUGUUGCCAGACCAGAGAAAUGCUCUGGGGGGCGGUCCAUGGCAAGGACCACGGUGAAUUAUCAGUUCCCAGUGGCCGUGGCAGGGGGAAACUGGCCCAAGAUGCUGUCCGUUGGCUCAAAGCCACCUGCACUGCAUGUCCAACCACCAAGAGCACCUCUCCAGAGCCCUGGGGACCCAAUUUCUUCAUUUGCAGCAUCAGAGACACAGAGACUUCAGAGACAAAACACGCUGCCUAAGCCAGUUGCGGGAGAAGAGUUUGCUCCAGCUGUGAACAUCAUGGUGGCUCUUGGGCAUAAAUAAAUUAAAAAGGUCCGUUAAUUACAAAGGUGGUUUGCGUCUGCUUGUUGGCCCUUUGCGUCGGUUUCUGAAGGUCUCAUAGGUGCUUAAUCCUCCAACAAAUGGAGGUAGGAGCCUGAGUCCCACACAGGUCCUGGCUGUAGACCUUGCCUCGCAUGGUUGGAGCCCAUCAAGACAUUGCCCAAAGGCAUGUCCAGCA